AUGUCUGAUAACUAAUUAACUGACUUGCUACUAUAUUAUGCAUAUAUGGAAUAAGAAAUAGAAGUUCUACGAGAAGUUUUAUGUUCAGAGGCUUAUUUCCAACCUUAUAACUUAUUCAAAUUUAUUGAUUGCAUGAAAGAUGAACCAAAAGGGUACUUAACUGCUCAAGAUUUAUCUUUUUAUCUUAGUGAGAGAAAGUUUCCAUCUAAUCUGCCAACCAAAACGUACGUAGAGAAUUACAAUUAAAAUAAAGAUAGCAAAUUAGUAUACUCUGAAUUUUUGAGAGCCAUUCUGCCUAUAUCAAAUUAGGAUUUAAGAGAAAAGAUUACAUAGUAAACACCUUCAGAUUAAAAGAUCAUAAGCGAGAGAACUUAGUAUUUGUUUGCAAAACUAAUGGAAGCGGAAAUCAAAUUAACUAUACAGGCUGAGAAUUACAAGCAGCAGAUUGAUCCAAAUUAUUUUGAUAAGAUCUGUUAUCAGAAUUACAUAUAUCAUCAAGAUCUAUAGAGUUAUUUCAAGCAUAAGCAAAUAACUACUAAUUCUAUUGAGAUUUAAUAGAUAUUUAACAGGAUAGAUUUGUUAAAUGAUGGAAAGAUAGAUAGAAAUGAAUGGAAUUUAUGGGUGAGUGCGAGGAAAUCAGUAUUAUAAGUCAAUUCAAAUUCAUACAAAUAAUAACAGAAAUUCAAUAGCACAAGAUAUAGUUCAACAAAGAGGAAAUAAUAGGAUUCCACAAUGAGUGACCUACUCUCUAUAUCUAAAUAGGGGUUUUAUUAGUCCACUAAACCCCCUUUGUCCAAUUACUCGUACAAUACACCUAAAAAAUAUCAGAAGUAGAAAACCGAAGUGAGAGCCUAAAUGCAUUCUUAAUUAUUGUAGAAUAGUAAUCACUCCUCAAAAUAGGAACUAUCCUACAAAACAAUGACUCAUAAACCAAUAACAAGUUUUUACGAGGAUGAUAUCUAAACUUUAAAGAAGACUUAGUCAGUUGCAAAAUAUGAAGCCCUGGAACCAGUUAAUUAUUAUGUCUAGCUAUUUGUGAGUUUGAUUUAGUUGGUGAAGAAGGUUGAACGUUAAAAGAUUCUGUUGAGCAAUCAUGAUGAUUUUUCAUUGUAUUCUUCAUUUUAAAAAUUGGAUAAAGGGUUUAAAGGGAUUUUGAUUAAGAGUGACUUGAACUCUUUUUGCAAAAACCCGUAAUUGAUAUUGGAUCGUUAUGGAAAAGAUAACAAGAUGAGAUUUUCAGAGUAUAUCAAAAUGAUUGAGCCAAAAGAUCCUUAGGCAGUAGAGAUGCUACUGAAGAAAGAUCAAAAACACAAGGGAAACAUGUUAACGCAAACAGAAAUAUCAAUGAAAUUGCUAUUAGAAUUGAUCGAGCAAUUUUAGUAGAAGAUACACCAAACGAAGGAAUAUUAAAGCAAAUAGUAAUUCGAUAUCAGUGAAAUCUUUUACAUGCUAGCUUAUGAUAGAUAGUAAAUAACUCAUUAAGACAUUACUGAUUUCCUGUAGGCGAAUCAAUUCAAGACUGUGCACCAAGAUGUAGAUUUAUUGUUGGCCGAACUGGAUUAUGAUGGUGAUGGACAGAUAAGUUAUAGAGACUUUAUUAAAAUUUUUGGAAAAUGA